AAAUGAUAGAAUUCAGAUGUGCCAGUUAUGAAGUUGAAUCAACCAGACGGACGUCAUGUCAUUGGAUUUAAACUAGCUAACUCACUUUCAGCGUCAAAACAACCGGCAGCAUCAGGUUCAUGUAGCUGGCGAUCUUAACAAGGCCAUGGCAGAAGUUCAAGAAUAGAGUAGCUUAACUGGAGUAGUUAACUUACUAGCUUGUGGUUUCUACAAAACAUGAUGGGAAGUUACACAUUAACGUUAGCUCUUCUUUCUUUGGGACUGUGGCGACUAUCAUGGGCCUGCUUAAGGUGAUUCUGUAGUUUAGUUUCUGUCUCGUUUGAGGUUGAAUGAGGGAGUAGAAAUGGAUGAUGUGAUCUGCCUCAGCUCCGACAGUGACAAAGACGACUCCGAUGUGGAAAUCGUCGGCUCCUACUGUAACCUUAUGACCAAAGGUGAUCCACUGCCCCUCACAGCGGUGAGAGUAGACGUUGACGCCGUGAACGUCAAUGUCCCAAAGCGUUUUAUUGACCUCACAGAUCCAAAGUGGACCCUUCCGGAGCUGAAGAUGCGUAAGAGAGGAAAUUCUACUGUACUACCAGUGGUAGACUUGACUGAGAGCGACAUAGCAAAUGGGACAGAACAGGAGACAGAUCAUUUUCCACCGGAUGACUGUCAAGUGAAAAAAGAAACUACAAAUAAAAAUCAAACUUCAAACAAACAUGAUUUUAAAUUGCAGGAAAGCUCCUCAGGAGACCCAACUGCAUUUGCACUACAGCGGGACUGUGGUGACCUAAAGCCAAAUCAGAGAUGUUUGGAUUCUCAAACCCAACACCAAAAGCAGACAGACAGAGCACAUCAUUUCGCACCAGCUGUAAAAUUAAGACGAUUGCCUUUUCUUGAAACACAUGUCACAGAACUGCAAAUGUCAAGUUGUUCUGUCCAUUUAACCGAAGAUUGUAACCAAAUGUCACUGCACCUCAGGCAACUAGACAAUAACAAUGACUCACCAGAAUGCAUUAGUAAUUUAAGGACAACUACCGCAUCCAGUGGUCCUCACAUGGAGCCUACACUAGAUGAGUCUCCUCCUAAGGUGGUAGAAACUCUUAUCAGUCAGGGACAACAAGAGAACAAUAAUGAAUUUACGAGCACACUGUUAAAUGCUAAAACAUCUCGGCGUCGGCAGAGCCCAGCUGACUCUCCCCGCUCGAAUACAGGAAACUCUGUUGCAGCUUCAAAGGAGCACAGCGUUCCUGAAGACGAGAGGGAUGACUUUUGCCCAUCUAUGCUCAUCCCAUCUCCAACUUCUCAAGAUAAAGCGUGUGGUUCCAUACAAGGAAAAGUCCUCUGCUCCAACCCGGAACAAAUGGAAUUGGAUAAAGCACAUUCUAGACAAAGCCAUCACUCUGAUCACUCAUUUGCCCACCCUCCUUCAAUCGGACUGAACAAUUCUGAGCCUUAUGUCCUCGACACUCUGUCCAACACAAGUCCCCUAUCUCCUAACCUCAUGAGCCAAGUUGACCCAGAACCCACCUCUGAACAUACACUAACUGAGAAUACGUCUGAAUGGCAUUCGGAGGAGGUUAGGAAUGACGAGGCCUCAAACAGCCCCGACCUCUUGCGUUGUAGCAUCCCUAGUGAACCUGCAUCGUCAGUGUCUGAAACUGAGGACUUGGAUGACAGAUCCGGGACAUAUAGAGGGGAUCUGGGAAUUGACAGUCCAGUGUCUUUUCUUUGGCAAGAGGGGAGUGAUGGAGAACUAGUGAAUGAAGAAAGCAGAUUUGACAUGGACUUCAGGGCAGCCAGUACAGAGGACAGGGGUUUUGUGUGCCCCGUUAUACUCAGGAAAGUAAUGUCUGGACCUGCUCAAGCCCUGAUUGAUGCGGAAGAUGAAGGUUUUGGAACUCCUGAGGUGCUAUGUCGUCAGAGCCUGAGCCUGGUUUACAGUACCAUUGAUGAGAACUACCCAGAGGGCACGUUGCAGCUCUUGACUGACCUACUACAGCCUGGUUACUAUCCCCCCAGAGAUAUCACCUUCCACCUGCUGCGUGGCAUUCUGCUUGACCCACAGUGUCCUUAUCACCUGUGUGUGCAGGCCUUUAAUCUGCUGAUGAGGACACAGAGACACCACAUGGCUGAUAAAAGUGCAGUUCCAUGGGACUGGGAGUUGUUGACCUCAGUUAUUACCAAUCAGGACCAUACAAAGAGACAUCGCUGUGAGGUUGUGCGCAUGCUCCUGGAGUACGUUGUGCAGACUUUGGAGGAUGAUUUCCAGGCCAAACGUUCGAUCUCUGCCCUCCAUCUCUCCAUCGCCAAGGCAACAUUGUCAUGUGAUCAGCAAUUCCCUCGUGUCAGAGAUGUCAUCAAAUGGCUCUUUUCUGCCAUUAUGAAAUCAUCAGAGCAUGAAGAGAGUGGAGAAGCAGCCAGAGAGAGAGAUGAACAAAUCAGAAUGGUGUCCAUCUUCCAGAGGAUGCUGUCCUUGGCUCUGGAGGUGGACCGUUCUCCAGCUCUAAGCUCUGCUAAGCUGUCGCAGGAGCUCUUCCAUAUGCUCAUCGGCAAUAUACCUCUACGAGCACACAGGAUGUUGUUGCUGGAGAGCCUACAGAGCAAGCUGCUGAGAUGUAAGCUGUUGGAACAUCUGUUAGACUACGCAUGCCCACUGAAAAUCUCUCUGCCCAUGUCGCUCCGUCUUCUGCUUCACUUUCUGAAGAACUGCACUCUGGCACUAGACCCUACGGAUGGUACUGAAAGAUGGCUGAGAUGGGAAGAGUUGGUCCAUCUCCUCUGGAUGUUGCUGCUCAGCUACAACAAAGCAAUGAAAGGUUAUCUGUGCAGCUCAGUCACUGAACAAAGAGGUAGAGUUGGCACCUUGGUCUACAAGCCGGAUGAUAUGUUAUCCAAGGCCUCCGUUCGCGAAGCUGUGGAGGCCUUCCUGUCCAGAGCGCAGGCUGACCUUGGCCAAGCCUUGCCUCUCCAUGUGGAAGAGUCCCUCACUUAUCUACAGGAUCACCUGCUAGAUGUCUGUCAGUGUUGAAUAAAAAAAAUAGUUAAACUUUUUUCUUAUAAUGCAUUGUAUUAAUUUAAUGUUAAUAUUUAUAUUUCAGCUUGAGUUGACUUUUUGUAUUUUAAAUAAAGGCUGGGUCUUGUGAAGUAAAAAUUUA